AUGAAAAUUAUUUUAGAACACAACUUUAAAUUUUACUUCCUUCCGCAAGAAUACUACAAAAACAAUUUUAUCUUUGUUUUUAAAAUAGCGUUGUUGAAUUAUGUCAACCGCACAGUACAGAAAUACAUAUUAAAUGAAAAUGCAGAAAUUAGAUUUUAUAUGAGAAUCUAA